AUGAGGAUCAAGAUAGACGACGAUGAUCUGGGUCCUGAUCGUGAGGUUGAGUUCCAGACUGAUGAUGAAGAAAACCUAGCAGAUAGGGUUUUUGAACAUUUGAGUUCGGAGACCGAUUCAGAAAUUUCCCAACCCAAUUUUUCCAAUGACAUGGACGACGUCGGUAGUCCCUCGUGGCCUCAAACCUAUCGGCAAUCUAUGGACAUGUUAACCGGUGUAACACCACCUUCAAUGAGUUUGAUAAGGCAAAUGAGUUUAUUAAGUCGAUCAGUCUCUCCUAUUACUGCACCAACCAAGAGGCAUCGAAAUGAUGAUUCUGAUUUAAACACAGCCUUCAUUCCUGAAACGAUCUCACUGAUACAAGAGGAUCCUACCUUCAAUAGCUCCAGGAUAAUGUCUCGACUAUCUCACUUCUCUAAAUAUUCUAGUUGUGAAUUGCCACCACCUCUAGAACAAUCAUCAUUAGCACAGUCAAUCCUCAAUGGAGCCAAUGUACUGUGUGGAAUAGGACUUAUUACAACGCCUUAUGCAGUAAAAGAAGGUGGAUGGUUGAGUCUGAUAAUACUUUUCAUGUUUGCCAUCAUAUGCUGCUAUACUGGUAUCUUGUUGAAGAGAUGUUUAGAAAAUUCUCCCGGACUCCAUACUUAUCCUGACAUAGGGCAGGCUGCGUUUGGAGUAGCUGGUCGCCUGGGGAUUGCGGCUGCUUGCGUUGAGUUUAUAAUCCUAAUGAGUGAUAACCUCUCAUCACUUUUUCCCAACACCCGCUUGAAAGUGGCUGGGAUUAAUUUAAGCACUAAUCAAGUUUUCACCAUCGCAUCAGCUCUCUGUGUUCUGCCGACAAUUUGCUUACGAAACCUUAAACUGCUUUCGUUUCUUUCAGUUGGAGGAAUAUGUGCAUCGAUAUUGGUGACUACAUGCUUGCUAUGGGCUGGAGUGAUAGACAAAGUUGGAUUUCAUCCAGGUGGAAAAGCCAUAAACCUUGAGAAUGUAUCAGUCUCAAUUGGUCUCUAUAGUUUUUGCUUUGCAGGCCACUCAGUUUUUCCAAAUAUAUAUUCUUCCAUGAGGGAACCAUCAAAGUUUUCAGUUGUUUUAGCAGCCAGCUUUGGCUUUUGCUUGGUUAUAUACAUAGGAGUUGCGGCAUUGGGCUAUUUAACGUUUGGUGACUCUAUCAAAUCUCAAUUUACUUUAAACAUGCCCAAAGAAUUGUAUGCUUCCAAUAUUGCAGCCUGGACAACAGUUGUGAAUCCUUUGACCAAAUAUGCCAUCACUUUAAUGCCUGUGGCACUGAGCAUAGAGGAACUCUUGCCUUCAGCUCAGCUAAGAUGUUAUUCCAUGUCCGUUUUUAUCAGAACAGUUUUAGUUUUCACAAACUUGGUUUUGGCCCUCUCUAUUCCUUUCUUCGGUUCUAUUAUGGCAUUUAUGGGCUCUUCAAUGGCAAUGCUAAUUGCACUUAUUUACCCAUGCGCAUGUUAUCUCAAGCUACACCAUGGCCGAUUGUCAAAAGUAGAGGUGGCAAGUUGCAUGUCUAUUAUCAUUGUGGGGGCGGUGUGUUCUGCAGUUGGCACGUAUUCAGCAGUUUCAAGAAUAGCAGACCAGGAAGCAGAUUCAUGAUUUUUUAUUUUUCUAGUCAGG